AUGGCUGUCUCCGACAUGGUUCCCCUGAUCUUCGCCGGUGUCAACGGUCUCCUUGACACUAUCCCCGUCAACAAGAUCCUCUCCUGGGAGGCUGACCUCCUCGCCCACCUGAAGAGCUCUCACCCCGAGAUCCAGCAGACUAUCGAGAAGGAGGGCCAGGUCUCCAAGGAGACUGAGGCCAAGCUGAAGGAGACCAUUGUCGCCUUCAACAAGUCCUUCAGCGCAUAG